AUGGAGGCUUAUCCGCCCGAAUAUGUACAACACAACCUGCCCUUCAUAGUCCUCUCUGGCCUGGGCGCCGGUGCAGAGCUCGAUGCUCCCCCGCCAGUCCACAAGGUGCUGCCUGGCCGAGCUGUCACCACCAUCACCUCGGACAUCCCGCCAGUCACGAGUAAAUAUGCAGAACCGCUGCUCGAGGACUUUCUCAGCGCAGAUGGCACCAAGACGCCCUGGAAUGGGCGGGCCACCAGUCGCAAGGACUUUGCGCACAAUUUCAGGAUUCGAGCUGUCGGGAGGACCUAUCAGCUGCCCCCCAAGAAGGCUGAUGCUCCUUCCACGUCCGAGACCACACCACCAGGCAGCCCCACCAUCGCCGCAGCUACCUCGUGGAUCCUACACUCUCCCAUAUCGCCGCUCUCGCCCGGGGCUACCAUCUUCCCAGAUGGCGUCUUGGCCCCCUCGUGGGUAGCAAAGCACCAAGACUACGUGCCUUCCGUCUUCAUAUCAUUCUUCGACUUCACCACAGACCCCAUCACCAACAGCUUGCAUGACAAUCAGCUGAAAACGGACAUCAACAAGAUCAAGAACCAGAUACAAAAGUCCGACUAUCGCACGCGCUACGUGGUUGUGCUACUGAGCGACAAAACGAUACUCGAGGCACCGGACAUUGAGGAGCGGCUGGCCAACAUCCGGCGCACCACUGGCCUCGACCCCAAGAGCUCGCUGUUCUUCCUCCCUCCAAACACGUCGCAAGUCGAACUUCGCGCAUUCGUCACCUCCGUGCUCUCCACACUGCAGCCAAUUUGCGUCGAGUACUACCGCGACCUUACAAAACAUGCGAGACGAAAGAAGAGCCGGGGCACCAUACCGCCACCGACAGCGCCACCCACUCGAGGAACCUCACAGACACUGUCCUACCCAGGUUGGGGCGUCCGCUACGAUGUCAAGCUGGGCGUGUUUGCAGAGUUCCGCCAGGAGAUGGACGCAGCGCAACGGCACUACAACUUUGCGCUUGAGGCACUGUUUGGCGCAGAAGGAAUCUUCGAAACUACGGCAAGCUGGUCACCCAGAUGGGACGAAAUACGGCUACUGGCGGACAUCGUUGCACUGCGACACAUUCGCUGUCAGCUGUGGAACAACUAUCCUACUUCAGCUGCACAAACAUGGCUGAGAUACAAGUUCAGGCUAAGAGAUGUUUUGGACCGACGUGGCAAGGGUACAUCGAACUACGGUUGGCAGGCGUGGGAGGCGAGAUGGGCUCAAGUCAUGGGUCAGGUUAUCCAGCGAGUCGAGUUACCAGCUUUCCGCAUCCUUCAGCCGGGUUCAGAUCCUCUGAAUAGCACGAUAACUGCCGUCUACUCGCUACCAGAAAAGCAGUUCCCUAUUGGCGAGAGAUUGCCGCCGUGGGACUGCCUCCAUCAUGCUGGGUACUGGUACAAGCUAUCGGCGGAUCACGCAAAGAGGCGCUACAUCCUAGCCAGAGAAAUGCCUGAAGAAGAUCGGACUCCCCCAGGAAUGUCGCCGGCUACUAGAGUCUCAAAUCGAAACCAGGUGUACGACCAAUACCUUGUUCCGGAGCCCCACCAAGAAUUUCCCGUAUCUGGUGUAGGCGGUGGAUUUGAGCACUGGGCUGACAUAUCGGCAAAGCUGCGUGCCGCUGCAACUGAGUUCCAGGCGCGAGGACAGCACCGGAAGGUGGAUCAAUUGCAACUUGAAGUUGCCAGGACACUGCUCCACGUCAAACGUUUCGAUGAUGCAUUCAAGGUGCUUCAGCCGCUCUGGCAAACAAUGGCCUGGAGAAAAGAGGGCUGGUGGCCCCUCGCUUCAGAAGUGUUGUGGGCCUUGCACGAAUGUGCUCUUCGUGUCCAAGACCGAGAGGCUUAUUUGGCUACCGAAUGGGAGCUUUACAGCCAAGAUGCUUUCUCGCAGGACGACACAUUCAGCGACAAGGUGACAGUUCAGCUCGAUGCCAAGGAUAGCAUUUCGUGCUGUAAGUAUGUCUCCAAGAAAAGGAACGGCUUUGCUAACCAAGUAGUAUCUACAUCUUUCGCGUUUUCUGGCAUCGAGGGCAAUGUUGGUGAGCCACUUCGUUCACAGAUUGUGAUCAGGUCGCUUGCGCGGUCAGGCUCCGCGCCCGUCACCUUAUCAUCGCUGGUGUAUCAAUUUGAAGGUGGUUUGAACGAAGUGCAUUUGUCGCACGACACUGGCAAGGACGAUCCUGGAACCGAUGCCUCUAGAUCGGACGAAGUUGUACUUGAAGAGAGUGUCGUCCAAGGUCAGAAGCCAAGCUGGACUGGCACCACCGACUUGACCAUUCAUCCCGGACAAACCAAGGUGUACAACUUCCAGCUCGUCUUCCGUGAAGCUGGAGAUGUCGACAUAUCCAACUGUAUUUUCCGAAUAGCUACAGAUAAAUUUGAGCUUACCUGCUCGAAUGUUGGUCUGAGCAGCGAACAACCAGCACCUGCUUGGUGGACUCAAACCAACUCGGGCGUCAAACCACGCAAACUCAAGGGAGGGUCGACAACAGCGAUCAAGAUCCUGCCCAAGCCACCAAAGAUGGAGAUAAGGCUACCCGAUGUGCGUAACCAAUACUACACUGACGAACCUGUCACUGUAGCCAUCGAGAUACAUAAUCUGGAAGAGGAAGACACGGAAGCUGUGCUUGAAGUUCGACUCCUGGGUCGCUCCAAAGACUCACUUGGAUACUUAUGGCUUGAUCGGCCGGCCGCGUCUCCGAUGAAGGAAGUCCCUCCUGCACUUGACGGCUCUGCAGAAGUGGACCUGCCGGGUCAUGUGGUCGGAAAGCUCGCCCAAGGUGAGCGAAUAACAGAAAGGAUACGCUUCACCGCACCACCAGACCCUGCAGACUAUGCUCUAGAAGUAAAGGUGCUGUACCAUGUGCUGAGCGAUCGCGACAUACCCAUAUCGAAGAUCAUGAUCGCCGACCUCGUGUUCAACGCGCCUUUCGAAGCCAGCUAUGACUUGAAUGCUCGCGUGCAUCCGGAGCCAUGGCCCAGCUACUUUGCACUCCAGGAAGCUGAAAGUAAUAUCAACCCGGAGUCAACAGAUGCGUUCGGUAUUGCACAGAAAUGGGGCUUGCGAGCAAAGGUCGCAUCGUUUGCUGACGAAGAGCUGGUCGUCAAGGACCUGAAUGUACAAGUGCAUGGCGUUCACGGAGGUGCAACAUGUGACGUGACGAAAGAGUUUGAGGUCGAGAAGAUGACUGUAGAGCCCCAAGUCAUACACGAGUGGGCUUUCAGUCUCGAUGUCAGGAAGAACAAUCUCGAAGAACGCCGCUCUACCGCCCUUGACACGACACUCGAUAUCACCUGGCAGCGCACAUCUACUCCCGAUGCUCCAACCGUCACUUCCUCGCUUCCUAUCCCACGCAUCCAGAUACCCUCCAGCGAACCUCGAGUUCUUGCCUCUGCGGCAGUCUCCGGUGCUGUGAAUUCACUGGUGCACCUUGACUAUACUCUCGAGAACCCUACGAUGCACUUCCUUACAUUUGAGCUUAGCAUGGAGGCGAGUGAAGAAUUUGGCUUCAGCGGCGCAAAGUUACGAUCUUUGCAUCUGCUGCCGAUGAGUAGACAGACGGUGCGCUUUAGCGUGUAUCCCUUGGUAACGGGCGUGUGGAUCUCGCCGAACCUCAAAGUGACGGAUCGCUACUUCAACAAGACCCUGAAGGUGCAAGCAACGGAAGGAUUGCGUGCGGACAAGAAGGGUAUCAGCGUUUGGAUACCUGGAAAUGCUGUCCACUUCUUCGCUGGCUUGAGCUCAGGCGUCCUCUCUGCUGUUCUUCUCCAACCCGCCGACCUUCUCAAGACCAGAGUCCAACAAUCGCGCUCGAAUACGCUGCUUGGUACUAUUCGAUCGAUCGCAAAUGGACCGAACCCCAUAAAGCAGUUCUGGAGGGGCACAUUGCCCAGCACCCUACGUACAGGAUGUGGCUCUGCCAUAUACUUCUCCGGCCUGAACGCGUUGCGACACCGUGCUAGCUUAAUUGCAGCAAAGCGAGGCGAUGUGGCAAUCGGAGGCGGGGAGCACUCGAGCUCCCUCCCAAAGCUGAGCAAUACAGCCAAUCUCGCAACGGGUGCCUUUGCGCGAACAUGGGCAGGCUUCAUCAUGAUGCCUAUCACCGUGCUGAAGGUGCGGUAUGAGAGCAGUCUGUACAACUACAGCUCGCUCUUCAGCGCAACACGAGACAUCUUCCGCACCGAAGGGGCCCGUGGCUUCUUCGCGGGCUUCGGCGCAACAGCAGUCCGCGACGCACCAUAUGCCGGUCUCUACGUUCUUUUCUAUGAAUUAUCGAAGCGACGGUUAUCAGCUCUGGCUACCAAGAUUGAAGAGACGUCGGGCGCCAGCACCAAACUAUCCACCAGCACGUCGGCUGGCAUAAACUUUGUAUCUGGGGUAGCUGCGGCAGGACUGGGAACUACGAUCACCAACCCCUUCGACGCGAUCAAGACGAGAUUACAGUUGAUGCCGGACCGCUACGGCAACAUGGUUCAGGCUGCGAAGAAAAUGCUAGCAGAAGAGGGCACGAGGAGUCUAUUUGAUGGACUGGGUAUCAGAAUUGCGAGGAAGGCGGUUAGCAGCGCAUUGGCAUGGACAGUCUACGAGGAGCUGAUUAGACGGGCGGAGAGGGAGUGGAGGGAGGCUGUUGAAGACAAGAUAUAAAUCUCUACUCUAACCAAAACAGGUGGUGCAUACUAUUGUAAAUAUAUUCCAAGUC